GGACCAUACGGUCGUGUGGUUCAAUGAGUGGAGGGAAAGAUAACUGGGUUUAUUUAUUAGUCACUCGUACUUUGUUCCCUUUCUCUCACCUCCGAACAUGAAGCCAAGAGGAGACGAGAAGGCAAGGCUCGGCCUCCCGUACCCUUCAGUCCAGCCCAUCGCGUCACCAGGACGCGUUCACAAGAGAUUCAAGAGGGUCUUCCUUCACCUAUUCCUCUUUCUCGGUCUUGGUUUGUCCUAUGGUCUUUGGACGGGCUCAGUAAACCUCAGCUCGCUCCACCACAAGUCGCGCUCUUAUUAUGACUAUGUCCGGCGCAUUGAGGGCCAAUUCCUCGAAGUUCCUAACACUGGGAGCGCACUGAAUAACUCGCGCCGCUUUGCAACAUAUCCUCACAUCGCUGGCGCAGCUAGUGACUUUGAUGACGCGUCCCAAAUCCUACAAAUAUUCCAAGAAGAGCUAGGCAUCACUCAGCUAGACGAGGAACCCGUCUUCCCUGCAGGCUCUCCAGAGUCGCGUCAGGCUACCCUCGACAUCACGUCCAAGCAGACACACCCUUCUGCUUGGAUUGACGUGUACUACCCUGUCCUCAACACCGCAAAGUCGGAGGAUCUGUCCCUUCAGCUUUUGGACGACGACUCAAGUGCAAUUUGGACUGCCGACCUUAUCGAGGAUGGGAACGAGGCUGACAAGGAAGCUUCCACCUACCGAGACGCUAUUGCGCCAUUCCACGGCCUUAGUGCUUCCGGAGAGGCGAUUGGUCAUAUAGUUUAUGCAAAUUACGGCACUAAAGAAGAUUACGACAAGCUCAUCGAAUCUGGUGUUGACCUUACCGGCAAGAUCGUGCUUGCCCGGUACGGCGCUAACUUCCGUGGUCUCAAGAUCCAAGCUGCGGAGGAUUCCGGUGCCGCAGGCGUGCUCAUCUAUUCUGACCCCAGAGACGAUGGCGACGUCACCGUCGAAAAUGGCUUCCUGCCGUACCCU